ACAGGAGCCACCAGGACGGGAGCUGUGGCUGCUGCUGCUGCAGCUACAGAUGGAAGCCGCAUCAAUGGCCUCGUACAGAACAGGCAGACGUGGCAGAUAGUUCCGCCAAGACAUUAUCCAAUAAUCUUUAUCAACAGCCACAGCCAGCGCUGCAGCAUCCGCGGCGCGUGCCCAACUCCAACUCCACCUCCAGGUACAGUUUGUUGGAAACUUUAGUCUGCAUGACAGCCGAUCCGAUAUCCCUGUGCUUUUGGAUUUGUUUGCAGCCUGACCGCUAUGUACCCGGCUCCCCCAUAUUUCGCGACAGCAGUCCAGCGCGCCCCGCCACCUCAGCCUGUGCGGCGCCUAUAACAGCUGCGCCUGCUCCAAACACCUCCAGGAGUCGCACCAAAGGCAUGACGGCGUCCGUAACGAAUGCAGCACAGAGCAGCAGCAGCAACACCAAUUCCAUCGCCAGCAAAUCCCGGCCACCCGCCUGCUACAUGAGCACCCGAUCGGCUGCCAUGAUGGCCCUGGCCUUGGGCCAAACAUCCGGGGGCGGUUCCAGUGGCAGCUCCAACAUCAGAUCCUCGUCCGCCCAGAAAACUUCCACUCCCGUCCUCUCCCAGACCACAUCCAGCCCGAACUCUUCGCCGCGUCCCAACAACCGGCACGUCCCGAAUGUUGCUUCACCCACCACCAGUGACGCAUCCAGGUCGAAGCCAGCAACCCCAACACCAACGCGGGCAGCAGUGGUCGCAGCUCUGAAUGGAGGGGGAAUCUUCUCCGGGGGCAGCAACUCCAGCGGGUCGGACAACGAUGGCUUCAGCACUUCCGGCUCGUCAACGGCCACGGCUCUACGGCGGCUAUACUUUAAGAGCGGUCGCAGCAUCAAAAACAAGAUCAAUGCCUCGACAUCCUCAUCGUCAGCGACGCCAAUGAACGGCCUGCCCCUGAAUCCCGUGUCCAGUGCUUACCACAAUUCCGUGAGUGGAUGCGGACCCGCGAUGCACAGCAUGGGCGUCGCAGGGGGUGGAGUGCCCAAGCUGGUGGUUAUGGGCACUUCGUCGGCCUCUAUUCCGGACACCAACAUCAACACAUCCACGGACUCGGCCUGCACUCUCAUCACGAACGUAACCCACACGGACACCUCGGAGACCUGCGAUUCUCUGGACUUGGGCGACAACUCUGGUCCCAGCGAGCCGCUUUUCAGUUCACUGGAGGAGCCGCUACUCACCGCCAUUCAAAUCGAUUCAGAACACGAGACGGGCUGCUAUGGUGCUGCUAAUGGACGCUCCCGCGUCGGCACUGAGCUGGAACUAACGAGCUGCUCACGCUACCCGCCCAGGCCCGACAUAAAUCUGCAGGAUAGCACAGAGAGCCAAGAGUCCUGUUUAUCCAUCCUAACGGGCGACCAAUCGUCCACCACUCCACUGCUCUCGUCACAGCGACGCCAACCGGCAAGUGGCCAUUCACCCGGCAGCCGAAGGGAGGAGCGACAGCCCAGCACGGCGCCACCGCCGACACGGGUGCGGGACCACUUCACCUUUGAUCCCCCACCGUCACCCAAGUCGGCGCGCAGCAGCGAGAAGGCCCGCAGUCAUUUCCCAUUCAAGGACGAGCCCCAGGGGCACGCGGGGCCAACUAAUGGAGGAACAGGCAAAGUAGUUGGAGCCGGAACAGAGGGAGGAAUUGGUGGGAGUCGCACGGUGGCGGCCAGUGAGGGCGAUGAGGAGGAUGACGAACGCAGCGGGGCAAGUGCCGCCAAUCGCAACAAGAAGCUACGGCCCAGGGAGCGUGACCCAAAUGCUAAUGACAGCUCUCGAACAUACAUAUCGCCCGGAGUAUCGCCAUCGAACAGCCGGCGCAGCAGCCCCAAGCGGGAGAAGAAGCGCACCACACCCUCCGCCUCCACGGGCGCCAUCGCCAAGGUCAGCUCGGCGCCGCCCACCAUGAAGGAUGGCCACUUUUUCAGCUCUUCCGGCAAGCACCAACAGCAGCGGCAGACCCCCCAGCAGCUGUCGCCCUCAUCCUCGCUGACAGCCCAGCAGAGGAAGUACUCCUCGAGCUCAUCGAGCGGCAGCAGCGAGCGUUGUCUGCGGGAGCUGGCGGCGGCUCCUGGCACCAUGUUUCCGUUCGACCGAGAGGCCCUGGACCACGAGAGAAUCCAGAGAGAGUGCUUUGCCCCCAGCUCGUCGACGGCCAGCGUCAGCAGCGACUCGGACGAGGCAGAGAGCCGUUCGGUGUACGAGCGGAAGCUGGGGUCGGACAUUUUCCAGCAGUACUCUCGUCUCAGCCAACAAGAGCAACUGCAGCAGUAUCUCCACCAGGAGCAACGGGAGUGGGAAAGGGAGAGGGACAGACCACUGUCCCGCAAGAACUCGAAGCGUAUCCGGCCGGAUUCGGUGAUCCAUACGACUAUACGGGAGAACCAGCAGUAUGUGCCGCAGUCGGACGCCUUCUAUCCCCAGGCCAAGUCCUCAUCCUCGCCCAGCGACCACUCAUACGCGGAGCUAAACAAGUUCGACGACAUUGCCAACAAGUUCGAGCAGAUCCCGCCCAAGCACGGCUCGAGCUCCACCCUCAACCUGCAUAUGCCCAGUCCGGGCAGCGAUUCCGGCCAGCUGGCGCUGAGUCCAACGGACGCCACCCGCAAGCGCUCGUUCAAGAGCAAGUCAAAGAACAGACCCAAGGAGGAGUACGGCUUCCAGCUGGAGGAGCGUGGCACCGGACCCAUAAACGUGACAGCCAAUCCCAUGGAGACGGCUGCCGUCUGCAAGCAGCCACGCGCCACCAUCGUUGUCCAACAACCAUCUCUCAGCCUGGACAGCACCGUGGAGACGCUGCUGAUCAAGAACGAGGGCGAUUUCAUCAGCGUGGAGCAGGGCAAGGAGCUGAAUGCCCGCAAACGCAACUCCCAGCAACUGGCCCAUGCCCCCACCCACAGUCAUCAUCAUCACAGUCAUCAAAAGCAGAAUCAGCAUCAGCAACAACAGCAACAGCAGCAGCACCAUCAUCCGCAGCAGCACAAGCGGGAUGAGAAUAUGAGGCAGCUGCUGGAUGUGACCAACACGCUCACCAUUGAGGAGCUGCGCGACUUUGAAAUGCGCUAUGGCUCACCCCAUCACAGCCGCUCGCAGUCGGUGAAGAUGCCCGGCAGUCGCGCCUCCGGCAGGCCCAAUCAGCUAUGUCUCCCCCAACAAAGAUCCAGAGUGGCUUCCAUGCCAAACACUGGUGUCGAGGAGGAGUACUACCGCCUGCGCCACUUCUCCAUCACGGGCAAGGGUGUGGUGAACCGCGGUGACUCGCUCAAGAGUCGACGCAGCCGCUCCAACAACAGUGUGGCCAGCUCGAAUUCAAGCACAGAGCAUUUGACCGCCCAGCAGCAGCAGCAGCAGUUACAGCAGCAGCAACAGAUACAGCAGCAGCUGCCUGCCCCCACAUCCAACUCUGCCCGGACAUCGCUGGCCUCCAGCCGAGAGAGCAGCACCUCAAAUCCGGGCAACGGGCCAUACAGGGUACUCAUGCUAGGAGGUCCGUCCGUGGGCAAGAGUUCGCUGGUCUCGCAGUUCAUGACGUCGGAGUAUCUGCAUGCAUACGACACGAGCAUUGAUCUAGGCAACUGUGACAUACGCAUUCAUAUUGAUAAAGCCGCCGACGAUGAUGAGUCUGGCGAGAAGGCCGUAUCAGUAUUACUCAGUGGCGAGGAAUCGGAAUUAAUAUUCAUCGACCAUGGAUACACCGAAAUGACUCCGGAUGAGUGCUUGACCAACUAUGAUCCUCAUGGUUACUGCGUCAUCUACUCGGCUGCAGACCGUAGCAGCUUCACCGUGGCGGAGCAGGUGCUCCAGGUGCUCUGGACCAAUCAGAACAUUGCGCAAAAAGCAGUCAUAUUGGUGUCGAACAAGUCGGACCUGGCCAGGAGUCGACUGGUAACAUCUGAAGAGGGCAAGGCCAUGGCCACCGCCUACGAUUGUAAAUUCAUCGAAACUUCGGUGGGCAUCAAUCACAACGUGGACGAGCUGCUGGUGGGACUGCUCUCCCAGAUACGCCUCAAGCUGGAGAACCCCGAGAAGUCCAGGGAUCUGUUCCGGAAGCGUUCGAUUAGAAAGUCGAAGCGCCGCGCCUGCUCUCCGCUCAACGCUGGCUGCCUGAAUGCCAACAGCCCGCUGGGCGGACCUCUGAGCGAGGUGCCCGGCACACCACCAGGAAGCUCCCAAAGCAGCCCUCGUAAAUAUCGCGGCUCCCGAACCUCAACCAGCCUAAAGGUGAAGGGACUGCUGGGACGUGUCUGGACCAGGGAUUCCAAGUCCAAGAGCUGCGAGAAUCUGCAUGUGCUGUAAGCAUUAGGAUGAGCAUUAAGCAUAAUGCGUGUUUGUUUUCCAGAAAGAACACAAAAACGUAACACUAAACCGAAUCCCGAGGAUUUCCUAUAGAUUAUAAGCCUCCAAACAAUUUCCUAAGUUACAGACUCGAUGACUCAUUUGUACAUAUUUUAUAAUUUUAGUUUAAUCGUAUACUUUACUCUAGUCAUUUCUACAUUAAAUCCUGUAUAUAGUUUGCUUAAAUAUAAAAACCUUACUUAUAAUUUCUUAUGCGUUUCGUUUCUCUUCCCAUUGAAUUGAGCAUGAGUUGGGAUCAAUUUCUGAACAUUAUUUAUGUAUUUAUUUUGAUUGAGAGAAUUAAAAAAAAACCACAACCCAAUGGAAACCAAAUCAAAAGCAAUAAUUUUGUAAUUUUUGAAAAGUUAAAUUUAACUUCCAGUAGAGAGGAAGAGGAUAGUUUUAUGAUGAAAUUGUACUGAUUUUUUGAAGGUUUGGCACUUGUUCCGGAUUGGAAUGCCAAAUGGAAUUAAUUGUUAAUUAUAUAUGAAUGUAUGUACGUGUAAUGGUAAUUUAAUUGCAUUUUAAAGUCACACAAAUAUGAAUAUGAUUGUUAUUUGAAAACUCUAGAUGUAACGUUCAACACACACUUCUCCUCAUUGAUAACAAAAAACAAGAAGAAGAAGGCAAGAAGGAAACAUGAAUAUACAUUGUGCAAUUUUUGCUUACAUAGAAUUAGGAAUUUUUGCCAUAAUUGUUAUCCCUUAUUUGUUGGACACGCCAGCAAAAUAUUUUUGUUGCAUUAAACAGCAGCAGAAGCCCAUCCGUGCACUGACAGCCGGCACGUCCCUAGGUUUCUCAUAGUGUAUGUAUUAGUCGGGACCAUUUCAAAAUUAAACGAAAAACAAUUAAAUAAUCAAAGAAACACUAGAGGCACGGCACACACAGAGUAGCUGCUGCAGGGUUAACAUUAAUUUUACAAGCGAUUUAUGCAGAACGAGAGUCCACAAGAAUAUUAAGAACGCAUUUUGUUGUCGAUGUAUUAGGAGAAUUUUAACUCUGAAUGUACCCAUUUAAACGUGUUGGAAAGACAUAGUCAAUCCAUUAGCCGUCGUGCAACAUACAUAAUUAUAAAAGUCCAUUAAAUGUCUUAUAAAUACGAGUAUUUGGAGAUAAACAAAUCCACAAACUAUUGCAGCACAAUGGAAUUUAAAGGAAUGAUGGUGUCCUAUCAAAAUAUCAAUUGGCGAAUGGCCCAAAUUGUAUAAUGGAAACCACUUAUUAGAACAUUGAGGAGGUACACCUCCCACAGUAUCAACCAAAUACACAAACAUAUAGCUACAUAUGUACAUAUGUAUGUAUGUACGCACACACAUACAUUCAAUACACAAAAUCUUAGAGCAAAUAUUUAGAAGUAAUUUGAAUUUUUGUCCAGAAAUCGGAAUAUAUUCCCGCUCAAUCAAAAUUGAUGAAUUCGAGACGUAAACUAAACUCGAUUUGAACGGAUUGUACAGAAGAUACAUACAAACUAUGUACUUUCUUGAAGAGAGCAGAGAAGAGAAAGGUGUUAAUGAAAAUGAGUCGGAUACAUAUUCCAUUUUACUCGUACCAAUAUUAUAAAUGUGUAAUAAGUGUAUAA